AUGGCACCACCGGCAGGGUUAAAGAAAAAAUCUGGUGUAAAAAAUCCACCCAUCUUCAGUCAAGAGUAUUUAAUACAAAAUCAUGGAGAUAUUGCCUGUGGUAUUCUAAUGGUUAUUGCAUUAGGUACUGUUGUCCAUAUAACAUCGCCUUAUUGUACAGCAUUUUUUGGUCCUCGUCAUAAUGUGACAACAAAUGACCCAAGUAGUGGAAGCAAAAUAACACAAAUGUUAUUCAACUAUGGAUACAAAGAUUUGGCUGUUCUAUUUUCUUAUACGUUAGUUUGUAUUACGGGUCAUGCUAUUGUACAAGAAUAUGUACUAGAUAAAAUUGCAAAAAAAUUACAUUUAUCAAAAACAAAGAAUUCAAAAUUCUAUGAAUCUGGACAAUUAUUAUUAUUUUAUGUUAUUAGUGUUUUAUGGUCGUUGAUGAUAAUGAAUGAUGAAGGUUAUUUUAAAUCCGGUUUAUCUUAUUUAUGGAUAGAUUAUCCGUAUGUUGGUAUGACACUCAUGACAAAAUUAUAUUUUCUCAUACAAAUAUCCUAUUGGUUACAUAACUUUCCUGAAUUAUAUUUACAAAAAAUUCGCAAAGAAGAUAUACCAAAACGUAUUGUUUAUACAAGUUUAUAUUUAAUAGUUAUCUUAUACGGUUAUUUAACACGUUUUUGGCGUAUUACAUUAGUGUUAUUAAAUAUUCAUUAUUUGAUUGAAAUAUUUUUUCAUUGUUCUCGUAUGAUCUAUUUUUAUUCGAAUCAUAAACAAACAACAACAAUAAAACAUGCAAAACAUACGUUUACACUAUGGAAUAUUAUAUUUGUAUUUGGUCGUUUAAUAUCAGUUGUUAUUGCUUGGUUAACAUUUUGGUUUGGAUUAAAAACAAAUUCUAUUCCAAAAAUUAAAUUUGCUUCAACAACAGUGACCUCUGGUGGAAAUGAGAAUGUUAUUAUAAGUAAUUUUAAUACAUCAACUGUGAGAAUGUUAACAUUGUUUUCUAUGGUUAUGAUACAAUUAUGGUUAAUGUGGAAUUUUAUUAAUUUUCAUUUGAGACGAAGACGAGAACAACGAGCCUUAAUACAAUCGACAACUAAUUCAUCGAAUAAAAGUAAAAAUAAAAAUAAAAAUCUCGUCAAAAAGCAGGUAGAAACGACAAGGGAUGAAAGUGAUGAUUUAGAUGCUGAUAAUAGAGAUGUUAAAUUAUUAUCAUCAAGUACAGGUACAGGUGGACUCAAAAAAACAAGUUAG